AUGACAGAAAUAUGGAUGAUAAUGCUUGCAAAACUCUUCUUGAAUAAUAUGAUUUGUGUGUUCACUACCAUCGAGAGAGCAUCUGCUCACUUGAAAGGAGGCGCUAAAAAGGUAGUCAUCUCAGCACCAUCUGCAGAUGCAUCGAUGUUUGUAAUGGGUGUGAACCACGAAAAGUACGAUGCUGCUAAAAAGCACAUUAUCAGUAAUGCUUCUUGCACCACAAACUGUCUUGCUCCACUUAAUAAGGUUAUCAAUGACAACUUCACAAUCAUCGAAGGACUUAUGACUACCGUCCACGCCACAACGGCGACGCAGAAAACAGUUGAUGGCCCAUCAGGAAAGCACUAUCGUGAUGGACGUGGUGCAGGCCAGAACAUCAUCCCUGCUUCGACUGGUGCUGCCAAGGCUGUCGGCAAGGUCAUCCCAGCUCUAAAUGGAAAACUCACUGGAAUGGCCUUCCGUGUGCCAACCCCUGAUGUCUCGGUAGUCGAUCUCACUUGCCGUCUGCAGAAAGCGGCUUCCAUGGAUGACAUCAAAAAGGUCGUCAAGGCAGCCUCUGAGGGUCCAAUGAAGGGUAUUUUGGGAUACACAGAGGAUCAGGUCGUGUCGACUGAUUUCGUCGUACGCAGCGUACGCCGCGUACUCUCCUAUGAUAAAAUAUACCGAGCGUACGCUGCGUACGUCACGUACGCCCGUACGCCGCGCACUCUGGCUCAACCCGGAGCUUGCAUUUCUCUCAACCCCAAUUUUGUCAAGCUUAUCUCAUGGUAUGACAACGAGUUUGGUUAUUCAUGCCGCGUUGUGGACCUCAUUGCGUUUAUUGCCUCGAAGGGCUAA